AUGCAGCCCUCUCGCCAUCUACUCUUCCUCUUACUUCUCCUCCUCCCUGGGACAUCAGCAGAUCCAGAGGGCUCUUGUAAACUCCACCUUUUCCAAACCUUCAUCUUCCACAACACUGACUUUGUGGACAUUGCGGGCUGGGGCACCCUGGAAGACAUUCUCUUUGCUUCCCUGGAGAAAUACACCUGGAACAUCCUCUACCUCUACCCAUGGGUCUACCCAGCCCUGCCUGCAGCAGAGUGGGAGAACCUGCAAAACCUGUUCAGGCUCUAUGUGCACAACUUCAUUCUGUCCCUGUCCGGUGAAGCCAAGCUGUUCCAGACACCUUACCCCUUUGUGUUCCAGUGCGUGACUGGCUGCAACUUGUAUUCCAAUGGUUCCUAUACCAAAUUCUACCAUCUGGCCUACAAUGCCCAUAACUUCCUCAGCUUUGACGUGGACAACAGCCACUGGGAGAGGCAGCAGGAGAGUGAGCUGGCAGUGCAAGUUGAGAGGCAGUUCAACACCUUCACUGGCUUCUCUGCAACCCUGCAGCACCUUCUCAAUGUCACCUGUGUAGACCAUAUGAAGAAAUUCAUCGAGUAUGGGAGGGCUGAUCUGGAGAGACAAGAGCUGCCUGUGGCCACGGUCUUCGCUCGCAUGCCCAGACCAGACCAAGUUCUGCUGGUUUGCCGCGUCACCGGCUUCUACCCACGGCCCAUCAGUGUGGCCUGGCUGCGGGAUGGCCAGGAGGUGCCGCCAGGCCCUGCGCUCAACACCAGUGACAUCCUGCCCAAUGCUGACCUCACCUACCAGCUCCGCAGCGUCCUGGCCGUGGCCCCCCGUGAUGGGCACAGCUACGCCUGCCGCGUGCGCCACCGCAGCCUGGGCACCCGCAGCCUUGUCAUCCCAUGGGGGAGUUCCAAGGUAGCUCUCAGUGCUGGCAUCACCAUCGCAGUGCUGCUGACUGUGGCUGCAUUCCUUGCUGGGGCCAUCUGGUGCUACAGGCGCAG